AUGGAGAGGCUAACGGUAACAGGUAAACACUGUGACAGUCUCGCCUUCAACAUUUUCCUGUUCGGUGGAAUUUUUCUCUUGUGUUAUGAAGCCUUAUUCGUUCUGCCUUCUUAUGAUCCUGGAAAGGUCCAGUAUGUAUGGUUACACUACAUUGUAGCCGGGUGGCUUGCCUUUAGUAUCUAUGGAAACAUGUACAAGCUAAAAACCACGAAUAUUGUGUAUAAAGGACGGAGGGAUGACGGAGUGAUUUCCAACAAACCUCGCGGAUGGAAAUACUGUCGCGUGUGUGUAAUGGACACUCCUCCACGGUCACACCACUGCAAAGUCUGUAAUGUAUGUAUCCUUAAACGGGACCACCACUGCUGGUUUGCUACUGGUUGUAUCGGUUACCAUAACCACCGUUAUUAUGUUGUCAUGGUAACGUAUAUGGUCAUAACCGGUGUGUAUUGUAACUUGUUCAACUCCGACUUCGUGAGUUCCGUUACGGGAGGCUUUAGUGUGUUAAAUGUGAUAUGGUUCAUGGGACCACACGUAGGAUGGGUGUUUGGGUACUUGGACGGCUACGAAUUUUUCGUCUACACGCUUAGCUCUGCCGGGAUAAUAAUGACGGUGCUGUUUACAUGGCUUCUAGUAAUACAAAUUAUACAGAUACGCAGUGGACAGACUAAAUAUGAGAGAACUAUGGGAAUACACAAUUACAACAUCAGAAGACAAUGGAAUACGGAGGAAGUGUUUGGGGAGAAGUCAUUUCUUGUGUUUCUGUCACCAUUUUUGAAUUCUGCUUUACCGGGAGAUGGCAUCAUAUUUAGUUCCGCAGAUUGAAAUGAAAACA